UGAUGUUCCCAUUUAAAGCUUUUGGAUUGAAAAUCAAUGCAACCACUAAAAAGAAACACUAUACACACACAAAGAUUGAGGGUUCCCUUUCUUUCUCUCUCUAGAUAACGUUACAAUUUUCUCUCAAAAUCUCUGCAAAUUCAAAUGUUUCUUUAACGAUUGGAAGCUUCAGGGUAUCGAAGAGCUGAAAAUGGCGAAACCCAUUUGCCGAUCGUCAUCAUUUCUUGUUUAGAUGGAAUUUGGUUAUUGGACAAAAUAGUAGUGGCAUUUGUCCAACCAUCAAACACAAGAAACAAUGGGAGCUCAAAAACACGGAUCAAAGGGCGGCGGAAGUGGUGGCUAUGUUGGCGGCUUUCUCCAUCUUUUUGAUUGGAACGCAAAAUCCCGCAAAAAGUUAUUCUCAAGCAAAUCAGAAUCACCAGAACAACCGAAGCAAACAAAGAGAACCGAUGGCAACAUGCCUAUGACACGAUUCAACAUGAUGGAAGAAGAUGAGAUGAUAGGUGGAUUGAGUUAUAAAGAAAGUAGCGAUUACAGUUGUGCAACUUCGAUAACUGAUGAUGAUAAUUAUGGAACUAAAGCUCCUGGGGUAGUUGCGAGGCUUAUGGGGUUAGAUUCAUUGCCAACUUUUAACUUCUCAGACACGUAUUCAAAUCCAUCUUUUGAUUCUCAAUCUUAUAAAGAUUCAUCGACACCUUAUAUCACAAAAGACCCUAAAUUUGAAUCGAUUGAUUGUAAAAUGGAAGCGAUAAAAUCCACACCUCAAAAGAGAGCAUUUGAGAAGUUUCAAACCGAAACUUUACCUCCAAAAUCUGCUAAAUCAAUCCCGAUUACUCGACACAAUCUUUUAUCUCCUAUCAAGAAUUCAAAAUUCGUGUCAUCAAGUAACCCUAAAAGUAUAAUGGAAGCUGCAACGAAGAUACCUUUUGGUGGAUCAUCUUCAUCGUCACCAUCGCCAUCUUCUUCGGUUCCUUUUAGGGUUAAAGUCUCGAAGGAGAAUCUGAGUAGAAAACCGAAGGUUCCGGAAGGUUCUAGAAGGGGGAUAGAAUCGAAUGGUGUUUAAGAAUGUUAAAGGACAACAAUCUUUAGAACCAAAAAAGUCGAUUUCUUUAGCUCUUCAAGCGAAAGCUAAUGUUCAAAAACGUGAAGGGUUGAAUCAUCGAACUCAAUCGGUCAAAACUCAUUCAAACACCGAAAGAAACACACAAAAGAAUCCGGUUUCUUUAAAUGUUUUAAAGCAAAACAAUCAGAAACAAAACAGUUUAGUUGACCGAGGAAAGUCAACGCCACAAACUAGAAAACAAAUUUCUUCCCAAAAAAGUUCAAGUAAAGUCUCGGAGAACAUGAAAAGUAGCCAUAAAAAGGAACCAUAUUCCACCACUAGAAGAAAACGAUCAAUGGAAGACAAUAAUCAUGGUGAAAAAAAUGUUGUAAGAGAUAAAAGUUAUAGAAGUAAUAGAAACGACGUUGUUUCAUUCACAUUCACAUCUCCAAUUUCACGUCCAAUCAUCCCUACAAAUAACGCUUCAAACUCAUCAUCAUCAUCUUUGAACUAUAAUGUUAUUGGAGGUGAUGCUUUAAGCACCCUUUUGGAGCAAAAACUUAGGGAAUUAACGGGUACUCCUGCAUCAGUUUCUCAAGAUUCUUUAAUGGAAGCUGACAUUAGAGAUCCUCUACAUCUUACAAGAAAAAAUCAGGACCAAGAUAUGAACGAUAGAGAUGAUUCAAGUGUCGGGUUUUCUUCAUAUGAUCCUCUACAACUUAUGAAGAAUCAUCAGGAUCAAGAUAUGAUCACUAGAGACGAUUCAAGUUGUGGGUUUUCAUCAUAUGAUCCUUACAACUUAUGAAGAGACAUCAGGGCCAAGAUCGAAUCAAAGGUGAUUUAAGUUACGGGUUUUCUUCUAACAAUAAUCCUCAAGAACUAAUGAAACACAAUAAGGUUGUAGAACCGAUGUCAGAAUGUAGCACAAACGACUACGAAUACCGAAAAUUUCUUCGUGCUCAACAACCGAGUCCAAACUCGGUUCUUGAGCCAUCUUUCAUCACAGAAAGCUGUAAUUCUUCAGACACUGCUGAUAGUUGUAAACCGAAUUCAACUUCUGUUCAAGGACAAGAGCUAAUUGGUAAAGCUAACACCUUUUCAAGAAACUCAACUCCCAUGGAUGUUGACACCGAGUUACUUGACUCAGCUUCUUCCACCUCAAAACUCACCAAAUGGGAACCCGAUUAUGUUACACAAGUGCUUGAAGAUAUUGAAACCAUGUUCACAGAUUUCACAUUAGGAAAGACUCGAAAGAUUGUGAACCCACGUGUGUUUGAUAAGUUAGAGUUUGGUAAACCGAAUGAAGAAAUGGUUAAGUUGAGGCGUGAGCUUGUGUUCAAUUGUGUGAGUGAAUGCAUGGAGACAAGGUGUAGGGUGUGGGGUAAAGGGUUAGCCAUGGUGAGUAGACCUAAUCGGUUAGCUCAAGAUGUGUAUAAAGAGAUUGUGGGGUGGGAAGAUAUGAAAGAUAGUAUGGUGGAUGAGCUUGUUGAUAAGGACAUGAGUGGUGAAGGGUAUAAAAGAUGGCUUGAUUUUGAUGUUGAAGUGUUUGAAUAUGGAGUUGAGAUUGAGAGUUGGUUGAUUGAUUCUUUGAUCAAUGAAGUGGUGGAUGAUAUCUUAGUUCUUUAAUGAAGAAUUAAAAGACUCUAAGACAUGUUUUUGAACGUUUUUUUCGUUCCUUGGAUAUGUUUUUGUUCUUUUUUGGUGCAUAGUUUUAGAAAUUGUAAUGUUGAAGUUUCCCGUAAGGGCUAGAAUGGCCGGAUCUAAGAUAGUGUAAAAGUAUAAUUACAU